CCCGAGCCGGCGAGCGGCCCCGCUGUGAACCCCUGCGCCCCCUCCCCGGGCUCCGCGGCGGCGCUGUCUGCCAGCCCGUGUCGGGGUUCGCUCCUGUCGCGAGCAUUCCGCGAUCACGCCCCUUCCCCGGCCGGGCGCUCUGGCCCCGUGUGUGUCCCUGCUUCCAUGGCUUGGGCGCGUCCUCCAGCUCCCGCGCGCGCGGCAUGAGCUCGAGAACCUGUCGGGGCCUCGCAAGCUCGGAGAACGCUACAGCCUGGUUCUCCCGGUUGACGUGCGUCGGAGCUUUGGGGAAGAUGGUCGUGAGGCCGCGCCGGGCUGACUCCGGGACCCCUGCGCCUCAGUCCCUGACGGAGGGAAAAGCUCCGAAUUUGGGCCGAAACUCCAGGCGUGAUAAAGCCACAAAUCCUUCCAACCGGCAGGAGGACUGGGAAUACAUCAUUGGGUUCUGCGAUCAGAUCAACAAGGAGCUCGAAGGGCCACAGAUCGCGGUCCGGCUGCUGGCCCACAAGAUCCAGUCCCCACAGGAAUGGGAGGCAGUGCAGGCCUUGACGGUGCUGGAGGCGUGCAUGAAGAACUGUGGGAGGAGAUUUCAUAACGAAGUGGGGAAGUUCCGCUUUUUGAACGAAUUAAUCAAAGUUGUCUCUCCAAAGUACCUGGGGGACAGAGUGUCUGAGAAAGUGAAGACCAAGGUUAUCGAGCUGCUUUAUAGCUGGACACAGGCCCUGCCGGAGGAAUCAAAGAUCAAGGAUGCCUACCACAUGCUGAAGAGACAAGGCAUCGUGCACUCUGACCCCCCGAUUCCCGCUGACAGGACACUCAUCCCGUCUCCACCCCCUCGUCCCAAAAACCCUGUGUUUGACGAUGAAGAGAAGUCCAAGCUUUUAGCCAAGCUGUUGAAGAGCAAAAACCCAGAUGACCUGCAAGAAGCCAACAAGCUCAUCAAGUCCAUGGUGAAGGAAGAUGAGGCCCGGAUCCAGAAGGUGACCAAGCGUCUGCACACUUUGGAGGAGGUCAAUAACAAUGUCAAACUGCUCAACGAAAUGCUGCUUCACUACAGCAAAGAGGACUCUUCAGCGGCGGACAAGGAGCUCAUGCAGGAGCUGUUUGAUCGGUGUGAGAACAAGAGGCGGACGUUAUUCAAACUUGCCAGCGAAACAGAGGACAAUGACAACAGUUUGGGGGACAUCCUGCAGGCCAGUGACAACCUCUCCCGGGUCAUCAACUCGUACAAAACAAUUAUCGAAGGGCAGGUCAUCAAUGGAGAGGUGGCCACCUCAUCCCCGCCUGGCCCAGAAGGAAACAAUCACACCAGUAGCCAUGGCACACUCAUCGACCUGGCUGAGUCAGACACGCCAAGCAGCUCGCCCCCGGUGUUGGCCCCCGUACCCGCCCCACCCACAUCGGGCAUCCCUAUCCUCCCGCCUCCCCCCCAGACCACGGGCCCACCACGCAGCCGCUCAUCCAGCCAGGCCGAGGCCUCACCUGGGCCCAGCAGCACCAGCAAUGCCCUGUCCCUGCUGGACGAGGAGCUGCUCUGCCUGGGCCUCACUGACCAGGCCCCCAGUGCUCCUCCUAAAGACACAGCAGGAAAUAGCCAGUGGCACCUGUUUGAGAACCAACAGCCCGAGCUGGACUUCUUCAGCCCCAAGCCGGGCCCUGCCUUCCAGCCUGCAGCCCCACCCGCAAGCAGCUCCCAAGCACCACUGCUGCCUCCCUUUCCAGCUCCUAUCGUCCCGGCCAGCGUUCCUGCCCCCAGUCCAGGCUCCUUCUUAUUCUCCACUGGACUGGCCACAGCUCCGGGCCCAAAAGCCGAGCUGGCAACCCCUGGGUACCAUGGCUCGGCCCUGUGUGACAGCACCCCACACCACCUGGAUGCACUUGAUCAGCUUCUGGAGGAGGCCAGAGUGACCUCAGGCUUGGUGAAGCCCAUCUCUUCCAGCUUCUUCCCCGGGGCCGCACCCUCCCCUCUCCUCCCCACCACCGCCUCAGCCAGACCACUGCUCCCCUUACCCACGGUGCCUGGCAGCCCCCUCUUCCAGCCCCAGGGCAGCCCGCCGAAGGGGCCCGAGCUCUCCCUGGCCAGUGUCCACGUCCCCCUGGAAUCUAUCAAGCCUAGCAGCGCCCUCCCCGUGACAGCCUACGACAAGAACGGCUUCCGCAUCCUCUUCCACUUUGCUAAGGAGUGCCCGCCAGGGCGGCCAGAUGUGCUGGUGGUGGUGGUGUCCAUGCUGAAUACGGCUCCCCUGCCCAUCAGGAGCAUCAUGCUACAGGCCGCCGUGCCCAAGUCCAUGAAAGUGAAGCUGCAGCCACCCUCAGGGACGGAGCUCUCCCCUUUCAGCCCCACCCAGCCCCCUGCUGCUGUCACCCAGGUGAUGCUGCUGGCCAAUCCCCUGAAGGAGAAGGUACGCCUUCGGUAUAGGCUGACCUUCGCCCUGGGGGAGCAGCUGAGCACGGAGGUGGGCGAGGUGGACCAGUUCCCUCCUGUGGAGCAGUGGGGGAGCCUAUGACCCUGGAGGACCCUGGCAUCUCCGCUGGGAAGCCCAGGAGGCUGCCCUCGCUGGGUGGCGCCAGGAGCAUCCGCCCAGGUCCUGACUGCAGACCUGUAGCUAUGAUGUGGGACAGGCCCCAGGCGCCGAGCUGCUGCUGUCACCAUCACUCCUUUGGCCCCUAAGAGGACCUGUUUUUUAUUACUUGUGUGACUUGAAGUGGCCACAGUGUCUAGGGUGGGAUGUAGCCCCUGACUCACCUCCUGUCCUGGGCCCUGGCCCAAGGCUUUGAGGAGGUCCCCCCACUUUUACUGGUGUCCCCAGAUGCUGUUGGGGGGCAGAGUCUCUAGAAAGAGACUAAUGGGCACCCCCUUGAGAACCUUGUCCUUGCACCCCUGCAGAGGCAUGGCCUGAGGCCUGUCUCCACCUCUCUACAGUGUUGCUACUCUGUGCUUCCCAGUCUGUCACUGCUUUUCCCUGCUGGCAGGCUCCUGCCCCCACCUCCAGUAGGUGGGCUAAGCCAGGUGACCCAGGAAACCCCAUGGCACAGAGCCAGGAGUGGAUGGGCUGUGGAAUCUCCCAGCCAGCCAUCGUGGGCAGCAUUAUCCUGGAUUGGACACUGAAGGCCAACACAGCCUGGAAUGACAAGUUGUAUGCAUUUGUCCCUGGCAGUGGCAGGCUAUGUCCUGUGGACACCACAGCAGCCAUGGAACGCAGCCUGCUAGGAAGAGAACCUGGCCUCAUGGUACCUAAACUAGGGCUAAAGAAAGAAAGUGAAGAGGAGCCACUGGUGUUCCCCUUCUCUGGAAGCAGUUCCUCAGCUUCUAAGGAGAGUGCACAUCCUGCCCUGGACCAGGCCGUCCUACUCACUACCUCUUGCUUGGCAUGGGAUCGCCAGCUGCCCUGCUCUUGGAGUCUGAGGGGAGGACAGCCCCGCCACCUUCUGCAUCCCCCUCCCACCUCAUGGUGUUGGUGUCGCGCCUACAGCUGUACACAGGGCCUUGGGCCCAGGCACACUGCACUAGACUUAGUCCUUUCAUCUCCAGAGGCCCCAACUAACCCCAGCUGCUAAGAGCACUGUCGGCGAGAUGCUGGGUCUGCAGGUGUGAGAGUUGGAGCAGACCCUAUUGCUUCAACAGUGCUCGGACCCAACUAGCUUGCCCCAGCUACUCCUGGUGGAUGCAGUCCUGGGCGAUUGACUCCAGACCAACAGGAAAUAGAGCUGGGAAAAGCAAGCGGCUUGUCUGAGCUCAGCUGGACCAGCUCAGAGCCAUCCCAUCAGAUACCCCUGGGGAAAAGUGGCCACAGUCCCUGUUCCCUCCCUGCUCUUUCCCAGGCUUUACUCUAUAUCAAGAGGUCAUGCAGCCCCUCCUUCCCCCCACUAUCUUCAGCAAGCAGGUUUCACUGCUUCGUUAGGACAGGUCAGAAGUGAAUUGAUUUCACUAUUUAAGGAGUAAAUCCAAGAGCUUUCCAGAAGCCAGCUACUGCAGCCCUGGGAAGACCUGGGGAGGUACUCUGGAACUAUACCUUUAUAAUAAGCUUCAGACAUUAAAAUUAUUUAUGACUAUCCCUGAUUACUAUCGAGGUCACUGUUUCAUGGCAAACAGCUGUACUGGAGAUACCAACUCUGCUGCCCUUGUUUUGCUGCAUGUUAAAUAAAACCAUGUUCCCCCUACUUGGAAUCCUUCUACUGCAGGCACCCUCCACCCUUGGGGGGAAGGGGCGUGGUGCCACCUACAGCUUCCAAAGGGAGAGCUGUGGUAGGUGUGUUGGAAUAACCUAGUUUUUGUACAACUUCCUGGACUUAAAAAAAAAAAAAUGAAUCUAGAAAUUUAACAAGUGUUCCAGACAAGUGUUCCAGAAGAUUCUGAGGUAAGGCCAGAUUUGAGAAGCAUGAGUAAACCACCCAGGCUCUUGUUCAAGUUUCAAAUCAGGAGCAAGAGGGCAUGACACCUGCCAAUCUGGAGAUGGCUUACUUCCUAAGGGAAGUAAAUUCCAUUUUCUUGAUUUUUUUUCUCUGAGCUUCAGAGUGGAUACAACAAUGCCCUGGCUCGACUCUCGAAGAACCUGCCCUGUAUUUGCAAACGAGAACAUUUAUAUUUUAAGAAUGUACAUACACACGGCCAUACAGAGACACCACGGUGGAGCAGCUCGUGACCUCAGGAGCCUUCCAAGGAGCCCUCUUUGAUAAUUGCCCGAGCAAGGUUUCGUGCAAGAGCCAGCCUCAGCAUUUCCACCUUGGUGGUCUCUAUGUCAUCAUCCUAGAAGCAAAGAACCAGCUUGAGGGCCAGCAGGAAGUACUUUAAAACCAAAGUAGGUUCUGUCUAAUCCAGAGGUAGAUAGGGAAGAAGGCAUUUGGUAUUCAGUAGCUUCCAGCAAGUUCUCAAUAUAAAAAAAAACAGUAUACAGAGGACCACUGCAAGUAGGUACUCUGAUUCACAGGAAGGAAGAUAGAUAGAGACCAGAACACUAGAAAUACCCCAUGUUUCUAAAAGAAGCUAGUAGAUCACAGUUAUAGGCUAAGAGAUAGCCAAAUGAGUUUGUGGGGGGCUGUCCAGUGUUGUUGGGAGGGAGAGGAACCCUGAAAUGGAGGGAGCCUUUCCCAUUUCCCCUGUGGAACCCAGAGAACUCAGAUUACCUGGAGUCCCUGGGCAUCAGGCUCUCCAUGCACUGGUCUUCCUGUGGUCAAGUCCUCUAGACACCUCAUCAGCUCGUAUGUCUGCUCUGCUGAGAAGAUCACCUAGGGAAAAGUGGCAAAUGUGGGCCCAGGAGGGCAGAGCAGUUUCCUCGGCUCACUCCCAGCACUUCCAGUCAGGCCCUAGUUGAGCACUCUCAGUCGUCAGCUGCCUCAGCUCAAAUGCGGUCUUUUUAUUUUGGUGUGAAUAUUGGGUUUUCCAAGUGGCUACUAUGGGGGGGGGGGGGGGGACCAACCACAGAACUAAGCGCUGCACUGUCAAGGCCUACAGAAACGUAAAGAGUCUCAUGGAGUCAGCGUUACCUGUUUCUGUUCCAGAAGGGGCAGGGCGUCUGUUAGCAGGGUCAUCCAGAAGGACCGGGGCGCGAUCUGCGAGGUCAUCAGCGACAGCAGGAGAGAUGCACCAUCAACAAAGCGCUGCUCUCCGUACAGUCGGUGGAACUCGCGGUACUUUCCUGUUGAGAAGAGAGAACACCAAGUCACUCCACAUGCCCGAGUGGCCCCCAGGUGACACCUAGAAAAGUCACCUUGGCCCUAAACAAGAAAAGACACCCCACACCAGCCAUGCCACGAGCUGUCUGCAAGCCUGAGAGCCAAUGAGAUGCAGGCCACAUGUGGGCAAACGCAUCAGACAGACCAAGAGUCAUGGAUGACAACUGAAUACCUAAUCCACGAGUCCAUACUGAUAUAUAUGGACAAAUGGGGUGAAAGGAAAGCUGUCUUCCUGACAGGGAAAUGCCAGAAGAAUGAUGGAGUAAGAAAAUCCUCAAUGGUUCUAGAACUAGUGGGAGAGUCUGAUGAAGACAGGCUACGUAAGCAAUCUCCAAGUAUCUCAUUGCAGCUUGUUAAAACAAGGGUGAAACUACCUUCAGAGGAGGAGGCUGGUGGGCUCCACUUUGACUCGUGAUCAAAGACAGCACUACCGACUACAGGACAUGCACCACUGAGGGGAGUCAGCGUCCUCUCAGUGGUACAAAACACUGAAUAGAGGAGACUUCAGCCAAGCCCCCAAACAGCUGGCCUGAUGCUUCUAAAAUAAAGUUAAGAAACCCAAAGAAAGGCAGAGGCACUGCAACAUGACAACUAAAUGCAAUUCAUGAUCUGGAUUGGAUCCUGAAUGAGGGAAAACCAGCUAUAAAGGACAUGACUGGGACAAGUCAGAAUCGGCAUUUGGACCAUGGAUUGGCUCAGCACACUGUGUCCAUGUUAAAUCUCCUGAGUGUGACAACUGUAAUGUGCUUCCAUAAGAGUGUCCUUGUUCUUAGGAAAUGCACACGAAGGAUUUACGGAGAAGGGGGAACAAUGUCUCCAACCUGCUCUCAAAUUGUUUCAGUAAAGAUGACUGAUGAAUAAAAUAACAUGAGGCAAAAAAAAAAACCAUAUUUUUACGCAAAUAACGCGCAUCUUCUAUGUGUUUGACAAUCGCACCUUCCCCGAGGUAUUUUCUGUAAGUGCACUAUUCUAAUUUUUUUACAGAAACUUAUUUAAAAAACUGGCAUUGUGGCACUUACGAAAACACCUCACAGGGGGAGAGUGUGGUUGGCAAACGAACAUAGAAAACACGUUCUUUGUGUAAAAUACAGUAAUUAGUAAAUCUGCGUAUUGUAUAUACAGGAGUUCCUUAUUCCAUAUACUAUUUUUGUACCUUUUCUGUAAGUCUGAAAUUACUGGAAAACAAAACGUUACCAAAAAAUAAUGGUUUUUAGAUUCUGGUACACGGGGUUCUAAUGGUUUGGAGUUUAGGCUUAACAGGAAGGAAACACUGGAGGAGUCUGGAAGAACCCCUCAAAUCUUCACAACUGUCCACUUGUGCCCACGGUUCAGGGUAUGGCGCCCAAAGAGACUCACCCAGGAACGUCAGUCGAUCGCUGAGCAUCAUGGCUGGCCCCAGGUUGUCGAUGAGAUCCAAGUCAGAGAAGCAGCCUCGCUCACAGUAAUCCUUGAGAAACCUGCAGAGCCCGGCCCAGGUGAGGGCAGAGCCACAGGCUCAGGCCUGCCAGCCGCCCCCUAGCCUCCUGGCAGCAGCGAACCCACCUGUCUGACACCAGCGUGGCAAAGGCAGCAUCUUUGGCUCGGAUGCUCCAGGAGAGUGCGGAGCCCAGGCGAUUGUUGCGGACAGCCUUCAUGGCCAAGAUCUUACAAAUGCUGCGAACUUUGCCAGGGAAGAGAAAAGACGAGCCCUUCACUCUACAAUCUCUCCAUUCCCAAACCUGCUGGAAUCGGAGCAGGCCUUCCACAGCUUCACCACAACUUGGGCCUCAGGUGCUCCGAAUACGGCUUGGUUGGCAGAACUGGCAACUUGGGUUUAUAGUCACUCGGCUCUGCCAACAGUGUAACUACCCGCCCCACAGGCCUGGCUUUAUGAGUGGGUUUGAUAUCCAGAUGGUGAAAAGAUCUUUGUUUCAUCCUUUGGGUCUUAAAAGCCAUAUGCUUUCAGAGAAUGUUGUAAACAUGCAGUUGCCUCUGGGAGAGCAGCAACUGAGAUUUUUACCAUCCAGCAGUGUGGGGAGAGGAGAAGGGCCACUCUUGCUCGCACCUGUCUGGCCUGUGCUCUUCCUGAGCCCCUCAGUGCUGCCUCCCCACCAAGUCACAGGCCCCCUCAGAGCUGACCCCAGACCUGACCUCUCUGACUAUAAGAAGGGAGAAGUGGGUCAGAACCUCUUCUAACAGGCCACUUGCUUGAUUUCUCUUAAGUCCCAGUAGAUCCUUAGCCCUGGUGGCUCUCCCUAAAAAGUGUCUCAGUUUCCCUCUUGGCACCCACUGCCUGGCUAUGAGGCGGUCCUGGCUUCCCUGUGGUCUGGCUGGUGAGGAGGCAGCUGGCUUGGUUGUGAGCACAGUGUUCGGCCCCAGAGGGUCUCCGACCCCCACACCUGGCAGAGGGCACACUGAGAGCAGGCCAGCUCACCUUGUUCGGUCAUCUUCCGCUGCUCACAGAUCCGCAGCACCUUGAGGGCUUUCUGCUCUGUGUUGAGAGGGAUCCGCUCAAUGUGCAGCUCCAAGGAGACUCGGCCCAGCUCGGGGCAGUGGUCAAAGUAAUCCACCCCCAGCUGCCACAGGCUGCAAAGGUGGAGGACAGACCUGAUGGGCUAGUAGGCCCAGGGGCAGGGCUGGCAGGCCCAGGGGCCGCCCUGGCAGCUUUGGGGGCUGGCACUGGAGGCUCCUCCUCCCCCACCCCUCUGCACCAUCAGGGUCCUCUCUGGGAGAGAACAGAGUCUAAGCUCCAGGGUACCUGAAUGCUGAAGAGUGCCCCAGUCCAUCCGUCUCCCCACCCGACACCCACCUGUGAUGAGCAAACAGUCCCGAGGCAUAUUCCAGCAGAAGAAACUCUCUCAUGUUGGAACCAAAACUGGAAUGAAACAUGAGACUGAGACCACGGCUGGCUCCUUCCAGGGCUCCCUCCCUCGUCCCAGCCUUCAGGACCUGGGUAGUGGGAGAGGAGGCUGCCUGCCCCCUGCCCACUUACUAGAGGUUAUGAGACUGGAGCAGUUUGCAGUGGUCCAGCAGGUCAGUCAGAUGAGCCACAAACCACCAGUUGCUCAGGACAAUGCUGUGGGUCAGACACAAGACAAGAAGGGAGUCAGGGGAGGCCACAUCUUGCGUGAGCAGGACCUCACGUGUGCUGAGGGAGUGAGUGGGCGGGAAGCAGCGAGACCUUGGCCUCCGGAACAGCUGCUGCAACCAGGACUUCUCACAUUUACAGCAAAACAGAGCUCAGGGAGCCAAGAGUCCUUGAGCAGGAGACUGAGGAUGCCCCAGUUACACAGAAAUACUACACAAACGGAACCAAAGUUACCACAGCUCCCAAGGUCUCCCCAAGAUGAGGGAACAGCCCGCACGGCUGGAAGGUAGUGACCACUGGAGGUGGUAACCAAGCACUCUGAAAGGCUAGCUCAGUCUCUGCAAAUCCGGACACGUCUCAACAGCACAGUUUGGAUCUUCACACACGUAUUACAGGGAACUUAAGAGCACAGCCUCCGAUGGAGCAGGUAAACAGCCACUGUUUGAAAGGUGGGCGAAAGAUGUAAUGACAGCCCCAGAGUGGCCGCUGCUGGAAGUAAGGGAGAACCCUGUGGAGCCAGAGCGGCUGCUGUGAGGGUGCUGGUGUGAGAGGCCCUGGGCUGGGCCUGUCAUCACCCCUUGCCCACCUCCAUGGCCCACCUCUGGGUGGCCUGCAGUAACUGCUGCCCUUUACUCCCUGUGACCAGCCAGACUCCAGGGCCGUGUAGCCUCUUGGCCGAUGAGGCAUGCACUGCUGCACCCCCGUGUCCAAAGUUCCGGGCUGGGCCAGAGCAUUGGCCAGAAGGUUCUAGAUUAGGCAAAACAUUCAACUGGACCUCUUGGUUUUUGAAGGGAAACCUAUUUCCAUUUAGUUCGAUAAUUUUCGAGGACCUUAAGAAUACCAGAACUGCACUCCAGGUCCCUGUUUCCUUUUGCCAGACAGCAAGGAACCGGCCCCUCUUUAGAGUAAGGGGAAACCCGGGGGGAGGAUUCCUGCUGUCAGGGGUAUCAGGAAAGGACGGCUAAAUGUGCAGAAAGGCAAACGCACGGCCCUUCAGCUAGGCUGACUAACUAUGACUACCCUUCCUGCUCCUGCAGGUCUGGGGGAGUUGACAUGGGAUUCAUCAGGUCUCACUGAGAUACCUCCCUUCAAGUGCCUUUAAGAAGGAUACCCCUCCUUCAUCUUUCAUGAGGCAGAUUCAUGAGCCCAGUGAACAUCACACCCAGACAGCAAGGCUUCCCCCCACCAGCCCAUGGGUCCAACCCCAGAGACAGACCCCUUGCCAGCCCCUUGCCACCUCCCCCCCACCACCACUCAGGAACUGCACUAGGGUUUGACUGGUACAACCAUGAGAAAGCCAGUGCUCCCAGAAUGCUAAGGUCAGUCCUUCACCAGUCAAGAGGGGCCAGGUCUGCCUGCUGCUUCUGUCUCUGAAGUCAGUUCUAGCCUUAAGUUCCUGGGAUGGGGUCUUAGAGUUGCUUUUCUACCUCCUUCAGAAAGGAGGAGGUAGAUUCCUGAUCAGAAAAAACCAAACCCCCAAACUCCACAGCUGACAGAAAUACCUCAGGCCCUUUCCUGCCAGCCAGGUCAGAGAGCUCAUAACUUGUGGGAGGGGCUGCGUGCGUCGCCCUCUGAUCUUAGACUGGCCCAAGAAUGACGCCACUUCCUGGGGGACUCAGAAAGCUACUCCUCCUCGCUGGCCCGUCUCCAUCUUCUUCUUCUGUCACUGAAAACCACAGGUGAUGUUCCCUCCUGCUGCUUGUUCUGCUGAAGUCUGUUUUAUCCCUAAAAACCCCAAUGUGGCUUACUUAGGAAGCCCUGGUGGAAAUUCUUGCUGUGACAGGUGGUGUAUCUGGGAAUACCCACUACUUAGAACUACAGGCAGAAACGCCAGCAAAGCCAGGUGGUGAGGUGUUUUCUCUGUAAGCUAUUCUCACUGACUUCUCCACAGACACCCACACCCCUGCCAUUCCACAGUUAAUAAAGGCCCGGGAAAAUACUACUGACACAAAACUCAAUUUUCUUUCCUCAAAUCUGGCAUCAUUUUCUCGAAGCCCGGACUUUGUGGAGCUGAAUCAGGAAAAUCAGGUAGCACAGGGGAACCACAUCUACUAAAAAGACGCAGUCGAGGUCCGUAAAAUGAUAUGUGGACAGGGCCACCUAAUGCUCGAGCCACAUCUCUCCCCUUCAGGGCAGUGGUGUAACGCCCACUUGUCCAGACUGCGCAAAAAGGAAUGAAUUCUGCCUACUGUGCGUGGACGUUUCUGGAAAGCUUCACUUUUGAUUCAUUAUGUUUGACAUCCCUUUCCUGCCUGUGGCUUUAGAACUUUCCAACGCUGGGUCCCCUUUUGGAGAGGGGGCUGGAGUGUAAAGUACCUGUUCUGAAAAUACCUGCCACAAGCCCCAUGACUCACGAGCAUGACUGCUGGGAGGUGCUGUCCCCUAAGGUGGCUGUGGGUCCAUUAGCUUCCAAGAAAUAGGCCUGCUUGCCUUUUCUGGAUUUUUAAAAAUCAAAGUCAUUUCCUGCAAUGUGGCUUUAAAUAAACAUUCCUGACAUGUAAAUAAUUAUAAAUACAGUAGCCCUCCAGCCUCAGGAAGGUCACCCCUUGUCCAGAGGAGCAGGUCUGCAGGAAGAAGGGUGGGACACCAGCAAGAGGGAACAGAACACAGAGGCAGGGGUCCUACCUGCACUCCUUGAUCACUUGGUGGAUGUCAAACUCAAAGGCCGCCAUCAAAAUGUUGUCCAGGGGCUCUGAGCUGCUAUCCCCUUCCAGAAACCGGUCCAGGCUGGACUGUGGAAAGGUGAUGACCCGCUCAGUCCCCAGGAUGGAAGCACAAACUCCGGGGGGCAGGCAGGGCUGCUGUGUAGGAACCCUGGAGAAGGGUGAUGGGUCCUUCAAAAAGGGCCCAAGAAAAGCCCCUUCCUGUUCCCACCACUCAGGGAAAAUGACCCACAGGGGGCGGGGCCUCCAACACCCUCCUCCCAGCGAGCUCAGACUCACCUGUGCAUAGAAGUGCAGCUCAGUGGGCUUCACCGUGGGGUGGGAGUACAGCAGACGCGUCACCAGAAAAUGGUACCAGUUACUCAGCUGCUGCUUCUGCUCCAGCAAGGCCUUUUCGUCUCCCAGCAUGAUCUGAAGGGAGAGUUGCCCCUUAGCUCUGAGGGAAUGGGAGCUUAGCUCCAUCCUCCUUUCAGGGAGACUUCUCAGUCAUUCCCCCUCCUCCUCUAGAGUGGCCAACAGGCAGAUCUCAAUGAGAGCAUGAGUCCUUCCCAGCAGGACUGAGCUCUGCCAUCACUGCACUGGACACCUCGGCCACUGAGGCAGCCAGCCUGCACACUCGGCCCCCUACCCUGCUGCCCCCACAGACCUUACAGAGGGACUCCAGGUGCCCGCUGGAGGCAAACGUGCCAUCCUGGAGGUGCCGCUCACACUCCUCAUGCCAGUGCUGCCACUUCAGCUCCAGCUCCGUCAGAGUCUGAGUGUUCCCGGGCUAAAGGGGAGACAGGCCAUAGAUGUCAGGGCCCCACAGCCCUCUGUGCUUCCUGGAGAACCCAUCGCCUGGGGCCACUUACACUGAGAAUGGGCAUUGUUCUCAUCAGAUCCCCCAGGACUCUGCACAUGCCCGCUGAGGCGGGGUUGGCAUCAGCCUCCUUGGAAAGCAUCUGUCGGGCCUCAUCCAGCCGGCCCUGCAGCACCAAGGCGGUCACCUGGGAAGACACCCGAGACCACGCACAUUCAUGGGAGACCAGAGGCCCAGCCAGCAGAGGAGGGCAGACUUGUCCCCUCAAGCCACACUGUGGUUUUCUAACUCCUCAGGCAGACAGAUUUCCUGCCCUGUGACCCCACCACCUCAAAAAUAACCCUCAUGCUUGUUUUUAUCCAGUCCCAUUUCCAUCCUAGUGGGAUGUCUCCAUGUCAUCUCUUCCUUAGACCCACAAGGACAGUCUCUAAAGCAUGACUGCUGUGUGGUUAUUUAGUCCUACACUCUCCCGUGGAGCAGGGAAGAAGAGACCUAAGAGCGUCUCCACAGCCACAGACUCAAAGAGCCAGGCAGCCACGCAGGCUCUGCACAUAACCCCCAGAGCACCUGAGAGCACAGGGACGGCAGAUGUAGGGUGGAAGGAAGGGAGGCCCAGCCUGUGCCCGGCUCUUACCAAGUUCCAGAAGCUUUCAUGUUUGCUUGGAUUCUCGCUACCCAGAACUUCUGCUGACCAAGUGUCCACUUCACACACAUGCAGACGGACCCAGUCAAGGAGGUGAAGGAGGAGGGGGCCGGCUGGAAGGACAGACGCUCAUCACACACCACCACCUCAGCUUUGUUCGCAGCAAAGCCUACUCCCCACAUCACAGGGAUGCAAGUCAGACAUGCUAGGAGGUGGUUUAUCCCUCAUAAGUGGGCACAAACACAGCCCCGAAUCAAGGACUGGGCUAGGAAAAAGCAAACUGCUAAUAAACACUCCCUCUGUGCCAGGUUGCCCCACCUCACUGAACAUAGAAAGGGUUGAACAGAAGACCCAGAUCCCACAAUCCACGGGCAGCUUCCUCAUCUUCAUGCAAAACGUGAUGGCUAUUUAAAUGAUGGUCAGGCACUAGGUAACCAAUGACAGUAAAACACCGUGACAGCCCUCGAAAUCUACUGGAGGAGACAGGCAUACUUGGAGAGCAUCUACCAACUAAUUUUUUCUUUUUAAUACAGCACACAUUUAUUGUUUCAGCUGCAGUGGGUCAAGAAUCUGAGCCUGGCUCAGCCUGGUCUAACAACUAAUUUUAAUUUCAAGUCAUUCAAUGCUUUAGCAGGAAUAUCAAUCAAAUGGUAUGGCUGCACAGAAAUUAGCAUACAUCUAUGGACAGCAGCGAACAUAGAUCACUGGGAGAAACGCAAAGAUACCCCUAGCACCUCCACAAAGUGCCCAAUGAAGCCUGGGCACAGCACCGACCACAACAUAGCUCACGAUCAAUGGAAUGAUCCGAGUGGACUGAGGGAGUACAAGGGUCUGCAUACCCCGAUCACCAGCAACGGAAUUCUCAGACGCACUUUGACUCCCACCACCGGACCCCUCCUCACAUUCCUAAAACGUUCUUAACUUGACCAGCCACAGUGUAACAUGGCCACCCUUUUCACAUACCAGUUUAAUGUUGGUCUCCUUGGUGGUUUUCAGAGGUGGUUAGCCUAACAUUUUAAGCUUCUAGAAGGCAGUGGGAGCCUUUUUGCAGAAUCUGACCAAAUCCAAGGCUUUUUUGGAUGUUUAGUAAUGCUUCCCAUGGUUACGUUACUGAAAAUCGCUGGCAAGAGCAUUCUACCCACCCAAACGCCCAUCACAAUACACAGGAGACACAAGGAAGAAAGAUCAGAGGGCAGCCUUUGAUGCUGUGACAGAAUUCUCUCAUGCUCACCUGGGGUGACUUCAAUAAAAAGGAUCUCACAGAGAUUCCAAACAAGCUCCAUUGCCGACAAAAUGGCGACCUACGGAAGAAUCGGAUACAAGGUUUUUGCUGACAAAAAUCCUGGAGAUUUCCUCUCAGAGCAAAGGAACAAAGCCACGCUCUGCACCCAUGACGGCCAUUCGCUGAUCCAGCAUUUACAGCUCUGCGUCCACGAUGGCUGUUCACUGAUCCAGCAUUUUAGGCUCUGAGCUCAUGAUGGCCAUUCACUUAUCCAGCACGUAAGGCUCUGAGCCCAUGACAGCCAUUCACUGAUCCGGCAUCUACGGCUACAGCAGUGCUUCACACAGGCAGUGAGGGAGGGAAUUUUAGACGGUGGUACACAGACUAACAUUUCCUUAUUUUAAUGGUUGUGAUUUUAUUUUAAGGUGUGUUAGAAAAAUGUAACUAGCACAUCAAACCAUGACAUGAUGGCUAUUACGGUUUAGAAAGAGGCUUUAUUUGAGUAAAAUGGGAGAGAGAAUUUUUAGAAAAAUAUUCAGCAAAUAAUAUUACCAGGAACUUGUGGAUACGGUAAAAAAUGUGAAGUUAGUACUCAAAGGACUGAUGAUCAGGAAGUAGUCUUAAAAAGGCAAAGUCCAAACAAGAUCCCAAAAUACACCAGACCUGGACCCUGCCCACAGGAACAAGCAGCUCCCCUCCACCACCACCUUCCACCCAGACAUUAUCAUAUCUUAGUCUCAAGGGGGAAAUAAAUGUUUUGCUGACUUCAGAGACAGUUAUUUCUCCCUAUUCACUACUGUGGUGGAAAAAUAUCUUACCAACAAAGAAAAGAAUUCUGUAAGUCAUCUCCCGGUUCUAAGUAAAAGUAUAACUUGCAGCUCAGUAAAAAUGUUGACUUCAUCCAGUCGAUGAGACUAAGCCAUGGUUCCAAAAGCUCCACCCUCUAUCUCAGGAGAUGACUGCAUCACUACAGUGUUUAGGUUUUUUAUUUCCCACAAGGACUGAAAUCUUCGACAAGGAUUCACCAAGCACAUCUUUGUCCUGCAAUGUGCCAGGCCCUCGACUGAAGGGGCACCAGGAAGGAAGAUGACCCCCACCACCCCAAAGAGCUGUCUACCUGGAAAAAGGGGAGACAACUGCCAAUAGUAGUGAUUGCAAAGCCACUCACUUGGGUGCAAGGACGUAAGAGAUAGUCCUGUCAAUACAGCAAAGGCGGUCCCCCCUUACCUGGUUGUUGAACAGGCUGCUAGUGGCUGGAUCUUUAGCAGCAACUAAUGAAACACAAACCAUUUCAAGUGAGUAAGGGAACUUUUAGUCUUGUAUAAUUUCAUAGUACCAGGCUCUAUAGUUUCUGCCUUCAUUCCUUUUAAGGACCACCUGUUUUCACCAGAAGCUGGUUUUUUCUCUUUAAUGUUUCAUAUUUUUUACUGUAAAUCAAUGACUCCCAAACCAAAGCCCUCAAGUUACAAGAGCACUUUCGACUGUAGGCCAGCAACCUCGAAGCUAUCUGAUGCAGCACACCACGGCGUUACACUAGAUUCUAGCAGACGGCCAGGAAUCCCUCGGUGCCUACAGCUGUGGUGACUAAACCACGCAGGGCAAAGAAUGGGAAUGCAAUAUCCGAAGACCCUUUACUUGGCCCUUUAGCCUCAGACCUUUCAACAGUCCAUCAAUUCAAUGUGUUCUAACUUGAAAAACAUACUCAAGAUAAAUGCCGAAAGAUUAAGGAUUGUGUAAAGUGGAAAGGAAUUGCUGGGUGGUGCUAACCAAAAGGGUGGAUGAAAGGCUUGGUCGCUGAAAACCACAUGGAGUAUAGGUCUACUCUAACACACGUGAGGUCGCCGUGAGUCGCAACUGACUUGACAGCAACUAUUCUUUGGUUUUGUUUUUUUAAUGGAAAAGUAAGACUUUUGGGUUAGGAUGUCAAUCGCCAGGUUAACCUCGUGGUAUUGACAGCCAGAUACUUCCCUGUAAAAGAACUGCAAAUACUCAUUUCACUUAUAAAAAAUAAAAUGGCAUGGAUUAUCCUUUAUCAAUUAUCCACAUAUAGAUUUUUAAACACACACAACAAAUCCUUACUUGCCACCUGGGACAUCUCCUCCAUACAUGCUCUUAUGACUGAUCGGUAGUUUUUACUCACUCGAACCAACCUGCAAAAAAGUGAAACGACACACCAGAUGAGCCUGGAACAUCUUGUGGUGCCAGAAAGUUAGCAAGGGCAUGAAAAAAGAUUGGAGCUUGCUGAAAGAACACAGGAGCCAACCUGAGGAGCUCUGAACGGCCAAAGCUGGAACCACUAUAAUCAACAAAUCAUUGUGACAUAAACCACAGAAUUAAAUAUCUAUCAAUCUAUACUGACCUAAAUAAGUAACAGCUUAAAUAAAUGGGAAGAAGGGAGAGUGCGUCCCUGAAGUAGAAUUCCAAUUAAUAAAUGCAGGAGUAAUGAGAAACAGAAAAUCACCACAGGGAAACACUAUUGUAAUUACUACUGUAGAUGGGAUCCAGGGGUGGAUACUGAAAUUAGUGGGUGAAAAUUUUGAGGAGAAAUAAGACUUGCACAGUCUCAACGUAUCUAUCCUAAGAUACUGACUACGAAGGGAAAGGCAGCAACAUUACAAUGAAGAAGCCCAGCAAAAACCACCGUAACCAAAUCAAGGUCCACAUCACCAGUAACAAAACACUGCCAUCAUGAACCCCGUGAUAUACUGCACUGAGGACACACCAGGUUUUCUGGUCUCUUGCCAAAGGAGGUUUUAAAGGCAUUCUUCAAAGACAAAACUGUCAUUUUUCAUUUCCAAAUUCCCAACAGUGGGAUUCUCAGGUGCUUAUUUGGCCUAAAUUUUCUUCCUUGGAGGGUAAAUAAAGUGGGAAUAUAAACAAAGAUAGCUUAUCAAGCCAGCAAGUCACUCCACAGCCAUCCCCGUAUCCCCUGUGAGCCAUUUCCAUUCCUUGUCACUUACUCCACCCAACACCAAGGCCACAAACUAGAACCAGGUUCCCUAUUUCUCGGGACGAUCUGUCCACCAUGCAAAAGGACAAAGAGACAUUUCAUGUGGCUGUUCACGGUUUAGCUGUGAACUCCAGCACCUGUCAGCAGCCUACUUACUCAGCUUUUCUGGAUUUGCCAGUCAAUUCUUCUUCAAUCCUCUGGAGGCCCACAAAGAUUCCAUGGGAUUCAUUGAAGAGUUUUCUCAAGAUCCGACAGUAAAAAUCCUCAUUCUUCCGGAUAAUAUAGAUAGAGGGGCAGCUUGGAACCACCUCUGAUUUUUCUGAAACAAAAUAGGGAAGAAAUUUAACAUCGAUCACCACCAUGCCCCCAAAAGCAACACAUUCUAAAAAUUUUAGUUGAGUAAUUACAGAAGCUUUGGCCAAAGCUGGAACAACAUGGUCAACAAAAUUUGCAACUGAUUUCAAGAAUAAAAAAAUAAAAUGAUAUGAAUUAUCAUAUAUCAAUUAUCCACACAUGAAUUUUAAACACAAAUAUCUAUUCUUGGUCUUUACUGCUCAGCUCACUAGCACAUUUCAGGAUGACUUUCUGCCUCCAUCAACUGAAUAAAUAAAACUGGAAAAUACGAGCCUAUGUAAAACUCAGUAAGAUAAACCUACAGCCAAAGUUUUAUGUAAUCUCAAAGUCAGAUAAAAAUUAUUUCUAUACUACUUUGUACUACUAUUACUCCUAAAACAAAGAAUAAAGAAUUGAUUAAAUGUUUCAAGAGUGAUGAAAAGGCUCUAGAAUGAUAAACUACAAACCUCCAACUUGUGAAAAUUUCUUACAUAACAGCCUCUGGAAUAGGUUCUAUAGUUUAUCUUGAACAUGAUUUCAAUAAACAUAAACAAAACAUAUAAAACCUUGUGUUUCCAACAAUCUAGGAAUGUUGAUAACCUUUCCCAGUCAAUACCAAAAGGUGCCAACCAGACAUAUUCACAGAAGAUUCUCUCCUGAAAAACUGACCCUUUAACAGAUCCUACAGCUCUGUCAAGCUUGGGAUUCCAACACCCACCCGUCCCACAAGGACUUAGCAACAGAAGGGACAAUUCCCAACUAUAAGAUGAAGAAACUCGACAUCCCUUAAAAAUUACAUAGUCUCCACCAGACUAAAUCCUGCACAACUAGAUGGUGCCCGGCUACCACCACCGACUACUGUGACAGGGAUCACAAUAGAGGGUCCCAGACAGAGUUGGAGAAAAAUGUGGAACAAAAUUUCAACUCACAAAAAAAGACCAAACUUACUGGUCUGACAGAGACUUGAGAAACCCCAAGAGUAUGGCCCAGGGACACCCUUUUAACUUAGUACUGAAGUCUCCCCUGAGGUUCACCAUUCAACCAAACAUUAGACAGGCCCAUAAAACAAAAUGAGACUAAAUGGGCAUACCAGACCAGGGGCAAGGACAAGAAGGCAGGAAAGGACAGGAAAGCUGGUAAUGGGGAACCCAAGGUCAAGAAUGGGAGAGUGUUGAUGUGUCAUGGGGUUGGCAACCAAUGUCACAAAACAAUAUCUGUAUUAAUGGUUUAAUGAGAACUAAUUUGCUCUGUAAACCUUCAUCUAAAGUACAAUUAAAAAAAAGAAAUUACAUAAGCUGCACACCAUAUCAUUUACCAAAAUUAUAAAAUUUUCAUUAGCUCAAUCUGUUCUUUAUAAAAGGAGAAAAACCUCCACAGGUUUUUAGGAGGAAAAUCUGCUAUCAAAGAUUUGCAAGACAAUCUCUUCAGCAUUUCCUGAGACUUCUCCCUUAAAAUGAAGAAAGCAAAAUCAAAUUUCAGUUUCUCCUCACUACUAGCAGGAGUCUGUAUCAGAAAAAAGGACUGAGCUAUUUCAUUCUCCAGCCCCCACCUCUGCCUCUGCUGCUAAGGGCCCAUUUGGCCUACAGAACUAUCAUUUAGUGGAGUUCACACAGCGGACACAAAAGUCAUGGCUGUGGGAUCUGGAAACAUUCACAAUAAAAGCGCUGCUGUGAAGGGAAUUGAGUCAUCCUAGACAAGAAGAAAGCGGGGGGGGACUUGACAUUUUCAAAUAUAAAGUAAACCUAUCUUUAAUACCAGGAAGACUAUUGUUAUUUCCCCCCCGGACUUAGCAUGCCUCAUAAAUCAACAAAAAUGUAGACCAGUUAAGUUUUCAAAAAACGAAAAUGGUACAAAAUAAGUUCAAAUGUUUCAUGUCUCAGCUACUCAAAUCAGAGACUAGAGAAAAAGAAAACCGAGAUGUGCCAAAGUGGAUAACCUGGAAGGAAAAUUAAAAAAAAAAAAAACUACCUUUUUUAUUGAACAAGGUCUCACACACCAGCAUCUCCCCUGGGCCCCAGUCAAAACACAGUUGCUUCUUCUUGGAGUUCACUCCUGGAAUCAACUUGUGAGAAAUAAGGCACAGACACUGUUAUUCUUACUGAAGGCUUUGCUUUUCAACGGAUCUGCAAACAAUCUUAGAAGCCAGUGGUCAUGAAGGUCAUUAAGAACUGAUCUGUGUGCAGCUGGGAGUUGUUGCCAUCAGCCCAGUCUGCUGGACCUCAAAACAGUCCCUUAAAACACAAGUGAGCUUUGAUUGGCUCCUCAACCCAGCCUGCCAUCUCUCAAUUGCUGAUAAAAAAAAAAAAAAAAAGCUAUAUUUGAAUUAAUUAUUAUAC